AUGCAAUAUUANAUUAUCGAUACGGCCAACACACUUGUCAAUAAAUGUUCGGGUGGACAACGAAAGCGAUUGGCACUGGCUUUGGAAUUGAUGUCGCAACGAAUGCCUAAUUUUAUUUGCAUCGACGAACCGACUAGCGGACUGGACUCAAAUUCGGCCGAAGUAAUCAUCUCUUGUUUGCGAAGAAUGUCACACAAACACAACAUCACCAUAGUGGCCGCUAUCCAUCAACCGAAUACUGAGAUGCUAAUGUUGUUCGAUCAGAUUUACAUUCUUGCAAGAGGAGGUGUCUGUAUCUUUUCUGGUCCACCAUCACAAAUCAAUGAUCAUCUUCAGCAAGUUUCUACUGAUCACGAUGAUAAUGAUGAAAAAUUUGCCGUCGAAGAAAUUAUGAAAUAUUCCUGUUUGAAUCACUUAGAUUCUCAAAUAAAAACACUGUCUGAUUCUGUAAACGAAUCAAUCAAGAGUGAUGCAGUCAAAAAUCAACUAAUGACUGAUACUCAAUCCGUAUUAGAUGGUCCACAUUCUAAUCGAACACGAUUUUCAUUAAGAUCUGUCAUCAUUUUGAUUCAACGACAAUUCUAUUUCUAUAUUGGAUAUCCUUUGUCUCAAUUUUUUAUAUUUGCAUUCAUAUGUUUUAGCGUUGCAAAUGGUUUAAUUUUGAAAAGUUUAAUCAAUACUAAUAUGGUUUAUCUUAGUGGUUGUAUGAGUUUGGAUGAAGAUUUAAGCAAUUGUAAUCGUUCGAAAGAUGAAAGAUUACAUCUUACAGGAAAUUAUCAUUAUAUAAAUCAUUGUCAAGAUAGUUUGGGAAUAAUUUGUUGUAUGUUUUUCGCUACAAUGUUUGUAUUACAACGAAAUUUAUUUCAAACUGAACAUCGAAAUGGUUGGUACAGUUCUGGUGCAUUUUAUCUAACGAAAGUAAUAUGUGAAAUGAUUAUUGCUUUGCCUGUUAUUGUAUUGUAUCCAAUAGUUAUCGAUAUUUAUUAUGAUGUUCGAAGUUAUGUAUGGUAUUAUAUGAUAAUACAAUCAAUAUUACCAAUGAUUGCAUUUCAAGGUGCAAGCUAUAUAAUUUCAAUAUUAUUUGGUCGUAAUCGAUUAAAUCUAUAUCUAUCAAUUCCAGCAUUAAUGUUAUUGUCUAUUUUAAGCAUAUUAACUCCACAUUCAUUAUCACAUUUUGCAUUCAAAUUGUUUACAACUUUUAAUCUUUUUCGUUAUCAAAUUGAAGCUAUAAUGUUUUUAAUAUUUGGUUUUAAUCGUUGUGGUCAUAGAGAAAUACAAAUAUUAUUAUAUCGAAUUGGUUUGAUACAUGAUGAACAUUAUUAUUAUUGUAUUAUAAUGACAGCUGUUAAUGCAUUAUUAUUUCAAUCAAUUGCCCUAUUAUUGUUUUGUAUUGGUCAUAAUCCAUCGGAAAAUCGUCGUAAACGUGUUGAACAUAUUGAACAAUUGAAUCAACGACAAUUACCAUCCGAAGUUAUUGUACCUGGUUUAAGUUGUUCAAAUGAUUUUGUUAUUAAAUUAAUACAAGUUUAA